GGGCCCGCGGUCAGUUGGUCCGUCCUUCCCUCUGACUUUCUCUUGCCCCCUGCCUGCCUCUGCAGAGGUCACAGGAGGCAGGCGCCAAGUACGCGUCCCCAGUGGCAGCAGGAGUGACAGCUUCGGGUUCGCAGAGCCCCCGAGCCCCCAAGGGCUAGAGGAGCGCGUGGCGGACUAAAGACAGACCGCGAGCGGCCGCGCGCCCACCAAUAGGUGCGGGGCUCGGAGCCGCCCAGCCUGCGCGGUCCCUCCCUCCUCCCUCCGCCCCCGCCGCCGCCUCCCCCUCCUCCUGCUCCUGCCUCUGCUCCUCCGCCGCGCGUCUGGCACUCUGAGAACCGCAGCGGCGGCGGCGGGUGCGCCUGCGGAGAGCCAGGCCGGGACGCCGACCGGCAGCCGGGGAGGACGCGAGGGCGCACGCCGCAGUCACUCACCGUCAGCACGCGCGGCAGCUGCUGACCCGCCACCAUGGCCCGCGGAAAAGCCAAGGAGGAGGGCAGCUGGAAGAAAUUCAUCUGGAACUCGGAGAAGAAGGAGUUUUUGGGCAGGACCGGUGGCAGUUGGUUUAAGAUCCUUUUGUUCUACGUAAUAUUUUAUGGCUGCCUGGCUGGCAUCUUCAUCGGAACCAUCCAAGUGAUGCUGCUCACCAUCAGUGAAUUUAAGCCCACAUAUCAGGACCGAGUGGCCCCACCAGGAUUAACACAGAUCCCUCAGAUCCAAAAGACUGAAAUUUCCUUUCGUCCUAAUGAUCCCAAGAGCUAUGAGGCAUAUGUGCUGAACAUAGUCAGGUUCCUGGAGAAGUACAAAGAUUCUGCCCAGAAGGAUGACAUGAUUUUUGAAGAAUGUGGCAGUGUGCCCAGCGAACUCAAAGAACGAGGAGACUUUAACAAUGAACGAGGAGAGCGAAAAGUCUGCAGGUUCAAGCUUGAGUGGUUGGGAAAUUGCUCUGGAAUAAAUGAUGAAACUUAUGGCUACAAAGAGGGCAAACCAUGUGUCAUUAUAAAGCUCAACCGAGUUCUGGGCUUCAAACCUAAGCCUCCCAAGAAUGAGUCAUUGGAUACUUACCCAGUGAUGAAGUAUAAUCCAUAUGUCCUGCCUGUUCAGUGCACUGGCAAGCGCGAUGAAGAUAAGGAAAAGAUUGGAAACGUGGAGUAUUUUGGAUUGGGCGGCUACGCUGGGUUCCCUCUGCAGUACUACCCCUACUACGGCAAGCUCCUGCAGCCCAAGUACCUGCAGCCCCUGCUGGCCGUACAGUUCACCAACCUCACCAUGGACACUGAAAUCCGCAUCGAGUGUAAGGCGUACGGUGAAAACAUUGGGUACAGUGACAAAGACCGUUUUCAGGGACGCUUUGAUGUAAAAAUUGAAGUUAAGAGCUGAUCACAAGCACAAAUCUUCCCCACUAGCCAUUUAAAAAGUUAAAAAAGAUACAAAAACAAAAACCUACUAGUCUUGAACAAACUGUCAUACGUAUGGGACCUACACUUAAUCUAUAUGCUUUACACUAGCUUUCUGCAUUUAAUAGGUUAGAAUGUAAAUUUAAAGUGUAGCAAUAGCAACAAAAUAUUUAUUCUACUGUAAAUGACAAAAGAAAAAUAAAAAUUGAGCCUUGGGAUGUGCCCAUUUUUACUGUAAAUUAUGAUUCCAUGACUGACUUGUAGUAAGCAGUGUUUCUGGCCCCUAAGUAUUGCUGCCUUGUGUAUUUUAUUUAGUGUACAGUACUAGAGGUGCACACACUGGUCAUUUUUCAAGCCAUGUUUUAUCGUAUCUGUUUUCUACUUUUAUGUGAGCAAGGUUUGCUGUCCAAGGUGUAAAUAUUCAAUGGGAAUAAAACUGGCAUGGUACUUUUUUUUUUCCUUUGGUUUGGCUCUUUCAAAGAUAAUGGCCCAUCAAUGAGCAUUUUUAACACACUCCAUAGUCUUUUCCUGUGGUGUUAGGUCUUUCUUUUUUUUUCCUGGGGUUCGGGGUGG